AUGUCGUUGACUGCUUUUCAAGAGGAGCUCCACCGGAAACCAGCAGGUUUUGGGCCUCCUCCCGCAGCUGGGGGAGUCAGUAAUGCCAGAGCUUCUUCCGAAACUCCGGAUUCUGGGGAAAAGAAAGAAGCAAUUCAGGAUCUUCAUGCCGAUAGACAAAAUGUCAUCAAAGGAAAGACCAAGGAGGAGCUAAUUACUGCUAUCACUGCAGAACUCAAGAGCUUUGCAAAGAAUGACGAAAUCGCGAAAGAAAUGCAGACCUUGGUGGACAAUCCCAAAUACGACGAUGUCGCGGAGAAAAUCAAGACCGAUCCAAGUGAGAUCGUCGAAUAUCUCACCGCAAAAUGGGCAAAAUUCGCCCUUCUUGCUGCUGCUUACUACGUCGGCGCUAACCAGGACACUCUGAUUUCCCUGGUGGAAACAAUCAAAGCUUGA